CUCGGCAGAGGUAGCCGCCAUUUUGUUUGAUCGAUAGUUGAAUCUCGAAACACUCUCGAAUCAGGGGGUCUACGGCGCGAUACGUAAGUGCUCUGUGUUUGUUUGCUUCUUACGGAACGAAGCUCCCGCGAUAUGACUCAAGAAGGCCAAUUGCCUCCUCCACCUGUUAUGUGGGCUCAAAGGAGAGAAAUUUUAUUUGUUACCAUCUGUCUAGAAGAUUGCAAAGAUCCUGUUAUUAACAUUGAACCACAAAUGAUAUAUUUUAAGGGAAUAGGUGGAACAGAACAGAAAAUGCAUGAAGUAACGAUUAACCUUUAUGGGGAAAUUGUUCCUGACAGAACAAUUAAGAACUUAAGAGGAAGGACUUUAGAGUUAGUUCUUGUUAAAAAAGAAGAGGGCCCGUAUUGGCCAAGAUUGACGAAAGAAAAAACGAAAGCUCAUUGGUUAAAAAGUGAUUUUAAUAAGUGGAAGGACGAGGAUGAUAGCGAUGACGAAGGUGGCAUGGAAGGAAGUGGUAACGAUUUGGAAGAAAUGAUGCGACAAAUGGGUGGUUUAGGAGGAACUGGCGAUAGCAAGCCAAACUUUGAUGACUUGGACGCCUUAGGAGAUGAAGGCGAAGGAAUGGAUAGCGAUGACGAUGAUUUACCUGAUUUGCUUGAAUGAAGACAUUAUUACGCUACUUUAAAAUAAUCUUCAUUUAAAGAAGUAAAAAAAUUCAAAAACAAAUGGCGACCUAAGAGAAUAGUGCACCACAAGGCAAUAUUUCAAUAGGCCGUGCUAUUUGUAUUUUCAAUUAAAUUUGCUAAUGGCCCAGGUUGCUGUAGCAAACAGACAAAUAAGAUGCACGAGAAACUGUCAACAUAAAAGAAUACAGUGGUCGAGAAAAAAACAAAAGCAGUAAUGUUCUUUUUAGAGAUUCUCCAAUCCUUUAACUCAUCAUUCGUACGCUAAGUUAUAAUGGAUAACCCUUUUUUAACAAUAAUUGCUUGUGUAUAAUACGCAGGAGAUAAAAUAAUGAAAACGACUUAAAUUACUUGUGGAAUUGUUUAUUUCAUGAAAACCCAUUAAGAGAGCUCAGCACAUACGUAUGUAAAAAAAGAAGUUUUUAUAAGAAUGUCAAUGCAGCUUUAUUUUGUCUCUUUACGAACUCGAUAUAUUUUUGUUUACAUUUGCAGCACCAUAAGUAAUUUACAGCAUUAUACUUAGUUCAUUAUUCUGCAAUAAAUACGAUAACGAUUACAAAAUAAAAUAUCCGUGUUCUAUAAUAUUUAAAUAUAAGGGAAUUAUAGGAAAUAAAAUUCUUAUUUCAUUUAUCCAACGAUACUGGAAGCGCCGCGCAAUGCUAGAUAUCCAGCAGUUAUAUCCAUUGGUAGACUUCGGACUGUCGCAAAUUCUUCUGCAGUUGCAUAGUAUAAUUUAGUCUGUGGAUCUGUAUAUCGUGCCUGUAAAAUAAAUGUAAUUUAUAUAUCAA